AAAACUCUGGAAAUUCAAAACUCUGGAAAAUUCUGAAUAAACAAAACCCCAUAGCCCUGCUCUCUAUAUCUGUAAUUCUAUAAACCACCCUCACGCAUCUCCACGCCCAAUUUUGUUUUCUGGGUAAAAAAAGAAAAGUAUUCGAUUCGUAAAUUAAAAUUAUAUACUACAUAAUUUCUGUAUCUGAUAGACGAUUGUUCUGCGUCUCUGCGCCUCUGUCCCCUCCUCGCAUGGACAGCCAUUACUCAUCCCUAUCCAUCUCAACGGUCAGGAUAUGUUCCCUCCCCCAUCAUCACUCAUUUUCAUGCACCAAAUCUCACUCGCUCGCACACCCAUUUAUUGUAUCUCUCUUCUGCUUCUCACUCUUUCAUCUCUCUGUGUAGCUAGCUAUAGGGAGGGAGGAGAUGAGGUGGAGGAGCGGCGGUGGUAAUUUUGUCUUCUGUUUAGGGGUUAUUUGUUUGAUGAUAUGGGCUGUGGUGUCUCCAAAGUAGACGACUUGCCGUUGGUGACUCUCUGCAGGGAGCGGAGGGACUACAUCAAAACGGCGUCGGAUACCCGCUACGCCCUGGCCGCGGCCCACCUAACUUAUUUCCAGUCGCUCAAGCAAAUCGGCGACGCGCUUUGCAAGUUCGUUGACGAGGACCUAGUCAUCGGCGGCGCCGGCGGGUCGUAUUCGCUGCCGGAUUCUCCGGUUCUGACAUUGCCCUCCGACGAAGGGAAGCCCGGGAAAGGGAAAAGCUCGUCGUCGUCUUCGAUUUCACUCUCGCAUAGUUUCGAGGACGUUGAAGACUCUCACUUGCAUUUAUCCGAUUCGGAUUCUGACUUGGAUUCGGGUCAUAUCCACAUUGAGAGCAGCCCCGAACCGGAGGUACCGUCUUCUUCUUAUAAUCAGCCUCCGAAUUUUGUUUACUCUCCGAAUUCAUCUGGUGCUGUUUACCCUCCCGAUUCCUCUGGUUAUGGUUAUGACCCGACUUCGUCCGGUUAUGGUUAUGACCCGACUUCUUCGUCCUUCGGAAAUUACCCGAAUUCGAAUAUGUAUUACAUGAGAAGAUCAGAGACGCCGGCGCAGACGUUUUAUUAUGGAGAGCCGGAGAGAUUUCCGGUCCAAAAUGGGCCGUCGUCGGAUUCCUAUUCGGGUUAUGGGGGAGGUGGGUUUUUCGGGUCCUCAAUGGGCUCACCGGCGGCGAGGGAGGAUCCGUAUAAUGCGCAGCCCGGCCCGCAAAAGUCGGGUCCUCCACGGGAGCCGCCUUCGCCGCCCAAAGCUUCUUCUAGCUGGGAUUUCUUCAAUGUGUUUGAUGGUUAUGACAAUGGUGGUUACUUGAGUUACUUUCCGGGGAGUAGGUAUGGGUAUGGGAAUGGGAGCUCGGCGGCGAGUAGUCCUGACUCGAAGGAAGUGAGGGAGAGGGAGGGGAUUCCUGAUUUGGAGGAUGAAACAGAGCAAGAGCAAGAAGUGUUGAAAGAGGUUCGAAAGGAGAAGAAGAAGGCUAAUGAGGAUAGUGCAUUUAGAAGGAAUCAUGACGCAGGUGAAGGGACUUCUAGGCAUAGAAAUUUGCAGCAGAAUUCGGGUGAAGGGACUUCAAGGGGUGUGCCGAAGCAGACCAGCAGUGAGGGGAGUUCAGGGACAGUUCACUUGCACAGCAGCGAGAGUUCACUGCACUCUGUCCAUGAGAAAGAGAUAAAGAGCAGUCCUGAUAUAGAUAUGUCGAAAAGUCCCGAAGAAGAGCAUGUGAAGAAAAAGAGGGUGAGCUUUGAAUUUGAGGAGGCAUCGACUAUGGAUGUUGGAUCUUCAAAAGGGAGUAGUUUGACCACAUUGUCAGUACACGGUACAAGGGACGUUCAGGAGGUUGUGAAGGAGAUCAGGGAUGAGUUUGAGACUGCCUCUAGCUAUGGGAAAGAGGUUGCCAUGUUGCUUGAGGUGGGCAAGCUGCCUUAUCAGUCCAGAGUUGCUGCUCUUAAAGUGAUCUUUUCCAGGAUCCUGUGCCUUGUAGCACCUUCCACGUUGGCUUCACAUCCUCCGUCGAAGCCAUCAAUCAGAAUGUCUUCCAAGAUGAUCAAGAUGGCCAAAGGGUACCAUGGAGAGCCUGGGAAAGAUUUCAACCUGAAGUCUGGGAACCUCUCAUCGACUUUGGAGAAACUUCAUGCCUGGGAGAAAAAGCUAUACAAAGAAGUUAAGGAUGAAGAAAAGCUACGGGUUGUCUAUGAAAAGGAGUGCAAGAGAUUGAAAAGACUAGAUGAUCAUGGAGCUGAGUCAGCUAAGAUUGAUGCUGCACAGGCUUCUGUCCGAAAAUUGCUUACGAAAAUUAAUGUUUGUAUCAGAGCUGUGGAUACCAUAUCGAGCAGGAUACAUAAGUUGAGGGAUGAAGAAUUACUGCCCCAAGUAACGGAAUUGAUUCAUGGAUUGAUAAGAAUGUGGAAAUCCAUGCUUAAAUGCCACCAGAAACAGUUCCAAGCUAUUAUGGAGAGCAGAAUUCGAUCCCUUAAGGGGAAUGCCAGCCUUCGGAAAGAUUCUGGUUUGAAAGCUACUCUUGAACUCGAAAUGGAGCUUCUGAGUUGGUGCAGUAACUUUAACAAUUGGGUUAACACCCAGAAAUCUUAUGUACAGUCCUUAAAUGGUUGGCUUUUAAGGUGCAUCAAUAGCGAACCUGAAGAAACUGCCGAUGGAGUUGCCCCGUUCUCCCCAAGCCGGAUCGGAGCUCCUCCUAUUUUUGUAAUAUGCAACGAUUGGUUCCAAGCAAUGGAAAGAAUUUCACAGCAAGCAGUGGCAGAUGCUAUGUAUGAUUUCGCGUCAACCUUACAUCAGUUAUGGGAUAGGCAGGAUGAGGCACAACGUCAAAGGGUGAAGGCAGAAAACCUCUCCAAGGAUUUAGAGAACCGACUUAAGAAACUGGGCAUGGAGAGGAUGAGAAGGGAGCAUGGCCAUGCAGCAUCAUCAGAUAAAUCUGCUCGCUCAAAGACUACUUCUGAAAGUGGAGUUUCAGCACUGGAUGAUCUAAAAGUGGAUUUGGAUUCAAUGAGGAAGAGAUUUUCCGAGGAGAAGGCGAGGCACAAGGAGGCCAUCAAAAUGGUUAACAGUGCUGCUUCCAAUAGUUUGCAGACAGGUUUGAUUCCCAUAUUUGAGGCUUUGGGUAGUUUCACUUCAGAGGCAUUGAAGGUUCACGAGCAGGUGAGAGUUCAAAAUGUCGGAGGCUCAUAGAGAAGUAGCUUAGCUCCUUAAUUAUAUGUAUAGUCAGUUCAGUCCCUUUAGAUUGAUACAAUUUAGAAUGGUAGAUUAGCUGAGAAGAGAAAAGGGUGCUACAUAUAGAAGUGAAAUUAGGCUUUUAUGACAGAGAGGUUUUAGAAGAUGCUUAGGAGAAGGAAUAGUAGGGUUUUAGAAUCCCUUGGGUUGCUUGGAAGUUGAUUCAUUUCGCAUUUUGACUUGAUAUCUAGUUCUCCAACAACCCCUUUUAUUGUACAGAAAAUUGAAAAUUCAUUCAUUGGUUGAUAAAAUUGGUUUUUUA